GGGUGUUACUCCAAAGGGUCUCUCGGUCCAGGUCGGGAAGGGAGAACUCCCCUAUUUCAUAAGCCAGGAUCGUCAGCGGGAAUUUCGACACGUCCUGGCUGAUCUCACGACUUGGCUUGUCUUCUUUCUCCUUCGUUUGAAGACGCAUUCUUCGCCUCUGGCCUUGGGGGAACCGGAGAGGUAGGAGGACGCCACGUCGCUCAUCCAGGAGACACCUGCACAGAAGACCUCAGGGUGACCAGCAUCGGAAGAAGAUGGUUAUAUUGCAGAUCUCUUUCUUGAUCUUAUGCUCUCUGUCUCAAGCCACAGGUUGUUUCCGACUCAUCACCCCCUCGAAAUGGGGAGCCAAGGUGGCCAACUGCUCCCAACCGUUGAGGGAUGUCCCGGCCGAGUACGUGGUCAUCAUCCACACGGCUGGCAGCCCUUGCCAGACUCACCGCGACUGCCACAAUGAAGUCAAGAUGAUCCAGGACUACCACAUGAACCUCAAAGGAUGGUGCGACAUUGCGUACAGUUUCCUGAUUGGUGAGGAUGGAUACGUGUACGAAGGGCGGGGUUGGCGCAAUGAAGGAGCCCACACCUAUGGCUACAACGACCUCUCCUUGGGGAUUGCUUUCAUCGGCACUUUUGUGGAACGAUCCCCCGAAGAUAAGGCUUGGAAAGCUCUCAGGUGCUUCCUUGAUUUCUCCGUGAAAAUUGGCUACCUGUCCCCUGAAUUUAUAAUGUUGGCCCACAAAGACGUCAGUGACACAGUAUCUCCUGGAGAAUUUAUCCGUGCUGAGAUUGCCAAGUGGCCAAACUACAAGCAUUCCCUUUACAAUUUGAAUCGUGGUGGACAAGAAACCUCACCGAUAAAGAAAAUAAACUGAUUUUCCUUCAUGAUGAAGAAAAUGAAUGAAUUUUCCGUCCUGAUCAAGACAACGAACGAAUUUUCCGUCCCGAUCAAGACAACGAACAAAUUUUCUGUCCCGAUCAAGACAACGAACGAAUUUUCCGUCCCGAUCAA